AUGGGCGAGAAAUUGCAUUUGAUGUUGGGGUUUAUAUUUAAGGGCAAGGAAGUGCAUCGACACAGUUACGAAUAUGACGAGCAGUACGAUUGGGUGACAGAUGACAGUUCGCAAGUGAGUGAAACGAUUCGACGUCGGCCGUUUCCACUACAAACAUCGUCAACAUUUGCGAAUGAAGCACUGAAUGAAUCGGCGACCAUGAUUGACUCGUACAGAAAUGCAAACAAACCGAAAACAUCGAUUGUAUGGCGCUCACUUCGAGGGGUCUUGAGAGGCUGCCUCUAUAUCACCACAAUGGGACUUUAUCCGUCUGAUUUUUGGCAGAAAAAGCACAAACCUCGAGAUGUAAGGAGAGUAGAUGAGAAUGUGGCUGGAGGUGAUGAGGUGGCGUUCACUCGGGCAUCUGCUACGUCACUGAACAGGCCGCCGAGGUCGUGGAUUGAUUCGAUAAGUGCAUUCUCACCAUCAGACGAUUCAGUGAUCCAACAACAACACCAGCAAGAUCAGCAGACGUAUUUCGAUGGCCCUCCACCAUCAUACGAUGAAACAUGGGAAAUGCAAGAAGGUGGAAGCCGUCUAGCACCGCGUAUUUCCACUCCGCUUAACCCUACAACACCAAGACAACCGGCUAUCUCAAUCCGCGACCAGCAGCAGCAGCAACAAACUCCGAAUGCAGACGGUCCAGUGCUGGGAUUCCUUUGGACGAUUCUGUCGGAAACACUCGAGUUUUGGAUUACUCUAUAUGAAAUUGUGGCGAGAAACAUACGACUCGUGAAAGACAAAACUGUUAAUUUGUUCUCACCGAGAGAUGAAGUUGUCUAUAAUCUUCGUUCACGUUCAGUGAGAGCACCGAGUCUACAACGUCAACCUCCGACUGAACACUUGCCUGAAUAUGUGUCGCUGUAUAGAAGAACGCUCAAGAAUGUGUACGAUAUGUCAGCAUCAGCACUGAAAACGAUGCUUUCAAUCGGUUCGUCAGUGUUGUUGGCACCAGUGAUGAUUACCACGUAUCUAGUGAGUACAGCUAUUGAUAAGACUCGUCACCGGGAAACAGUAACGCCUUUACAAGCUGCAACAACGCCAUCAUCAAGAAGUGAUUAUAUGGUCGGACGAGCGUUUGGUAUAAUCGCAGACUUUUUGUAUUCAGUCGUUAAGGGAUUCAUGGAUCUAGUCAUCUUUCUGUUGAAUGUUCCUAUGAUGAUGUUCAGUUGUAUUCGAGAGAAUACGAUGCCAUUACUCCGCAGAGCAUUCACUGGGACAGAUGAUGACGUACAGCGAAGCACGCACGCAAUGACAACAAGAGCAAUGAGCCGUGGCGGAAGUGCCGUGAGA